ACUGGAGCCCGAAGGCAGCAGCUGCCGCCUGCAGAGAGAUGAACUGUGGUUCUGCUGUUUUAACACGGAGCCACAGUGAGUCCUCAGAGUGUCCAGUGUGGAGCGUCAACAGUGACUGUGUGGAGGCUGGAUGGAGGCUGAGGGAGUGCUCCACGUUGUCCAUGUCCUCCUCCAUCGUGGAGCUUGUCUGCUCAGACCUGCUGGUUCAGCCAAUCAUCACUGUGUCGACCGUGGACAGGGUCUCCAAGGCCCAGCAGCAGGGGUUUCGGGUGUCCUGGCGCUCCAGCUUCGCCCUCAGCUGCUCCAUCCAGCCUCAGUACCGAGGAGGCUCCUUCCAGCUCACCUUCACCUCCUCCAGCACCACGAUCAACCACACCCAGCCAGCUGUCAAUCACUCUGCCCGCUUCCUGUUUCCUGCUGCAGACCACACCCACCAAGGCAGCUACAGCUGCGUUUAUCACGUCCACGUGUUUUCCCACAACUUCUCGUCUGAGAGCCGCCGGCUGUCUCUGGCUGUGUCAGAUCCAACAGUUUUCUUCAUCAGACUGCUCCUGCUGCUGCUCAGUCUGCUGCUCUUCACAUCACUCAUCUGGUUCAGCCACAAGACCGCCAGGGAGUCGGCGUCCGCAGGAGGACGUGGAGGCGGAGCAGCUCGCCGUCUGCAGAGCCGAAGAAGAAGCAGGACCCUCCAAGUAGAGCUGCAGCCCACCGCCAUGUCCACUGCUGGGGAUGUCCUGGAGGAGCCGCUCAGCCGCUCGGCUCGCAAUGUCAGAAAACUGUAAAAAAAAAAGUGGAUCAGAGUUUGUUUAAAUGUCGUGUUUUGUCCAAAGAUGUUCAGUUUACUGGCGCAGAGGAGGAAAGAAACCAGAAAAUAUUCACAUUUCAAAGCUUGAAUGACAGUUUAGACUGUUGGUUAUUUAAACAGCGACUCUGAUCAUGUAGUUGGUCAUUAACGGAAGAACCAGCGACUGAUCGAUGUCCGAGCGCUUCAGGACGGACUCAGAUCCUUUACUUCAGCAGAGUACAAAUAUGUAUUGUUACUCCAGUACAAGUAUUCAAGUAAAAGUACACAGGUCAUUAUUACUUUUGCGUCACUGCAUAUCUGUUUUUACUGUUUCAUUAUGACCUGUUUCUUAAAGCAGAUGAUUUUUUAAAUCAUUUUUGUAUUUUCUCUUUGAUUGAUUGGUUUGUAAAGAUGAACACCCCAUCAUAUGACUGGUAAUGAAAAUGUCUCCUGUUGUGUGUUUCUGUUCAUGAUCAUUUGUUCUUUUUCUUUACUACAUUUAAAUCAGCAUAAAAAUAUCAGUAUAAUAAUAUAGAAAUGUUAUUGAGCAGCUUUUUCCUGUGUUCUCAAGUUACAGAUAAUGUUUAAUAAAAAAAAAGACAGAAAGCUCUGUGUUGUAACAACCGUUUGUUCUUUGACGGUGCGACCAGCUCGACUUUUCCUCUUGUGUGUGUUUCACUGGUCAGAACGGCGUCGCUGUGCAGCUUCAUGGAACCAAACAUGUUGCAUCAGGACAGACGUGGUCAGUGUCUGUAUUAAAACAUUCACGCAGGUCCUAUUCAGGUCUACUUGACUCUGUCGUGUUCACACAUUCUGGACCGACAACUUCUGACCUUCACAAAAUGGCGGCUGCAGGCUACGUUUCAAUGCGAGCUAACUGCUGAAGCGGAGCAGCCCAGAGCUGCUAACGUCAGACUUCACACAUUUCAUAUGUGGAUUGGGUUUUGAAAGUAAUUGCACAUCUUUUCAUAAUUAGCCUAAAUUGAUACGGGAACGUAUUUCAUAUUAUAUGCGUAUACUUUCAUUUGCCAAAUAUAGAUUAUAAAA